AUGGGUAAAGAAAUUGUCAAUUAAUUAAAAAUAGUUUAUCCAAUUUUCCAAAGUUUAAACCUUUGAGUUGGAAUCAUCCAUGGUGUUCUCCAUUUCCAACCCAUUCUUCUGUUUCCUCUUUCUCUUUGUAUUUCAACCCUUUCAUGCUGUGGUGGCUGAAGAUGGUUUGUUUCGACGACCCUUUUCGACCCACAAAAGACCUGUCGUUUUCAGCUGUAGAGAUUUGGUGUUGAAGUCAAAGUGUUCUCAGAACUCCAAAUGCAGGUGGUGCACUAGUCAAGUUCUUGAUGAUACUUGCUUUGAUAAAUCUGAAGCUUUAAGGUUGCCUCAUCAGGUUUUCUCUUGUUCUGAUUCAGAUGCAGAGAAGAAUAAUUCCUCUAAAUCAAAGGCAGAAGCAACCACAUCGUCUUCACCUUAUCAUCAUAAUCCAUCCGAAUUAGCCUUUGAGGAUGUAACAAUUGAGAAGCCAAUUGAGUCAUCUGAAGAAAACCAUGUUUGGGAGAAAGCUGACUCCAUGGCCACCACAUGGAUCAUCAACUCCACAGAUACAUCGCUGCACAACAAUUGCCUCGACGGGGAAGACAGAUUUGCUCAAACCGACGCACUGCGUGUCCACCAAUUAUGGAGAACUCUGAGUUUAAUUCAGCAAGAAUCCAAGAUGACUGUAACCGAAUAUUACAUUAGGUUUAAACGUAUCGCUGAUGAGCUAAGUGAACAACAAUCACUUCUUGAAUGGAAAUGUGGAGCUGCUAAACAGAUUAUGCAGAGAGAAGAAGACAGUCUCGUCCGUCUCUUUCUCAGUGGCCUUGAUGAAUAUCUAUAUACUGACAUCAAAAGAACCAUUGUAAAUAUGGAUCCACUUCCUUCCCUUAAAGAAACUUUCAAUUACGUAUUAAGGGAAGAAGUAAGGAUCAAUGCAGAUAAAAUAAGGGAAGUGAAGCAACAAAAAAGUUCUGGUUUUCAUUCAUUCAAACAGAAAAGUAGUGAUGGUAUAAGGACGGAAUGUGACGAUUGUGAAACGAUUGGAUUGCAAGACGGAUCCGAAUUUUUCGAUUAGUUAUGGUAUUAAAACUAUAUCAAUGAUAAAAAAAUAAAACAAGAUCAAUUAUUAGUGAUUAAAACUUUAGACUACAAAAACAAUGUUAUUUUAUAUUCAAAAAUCUUAAAGAAAGACAUACUGAUACUACCUGUUUGACUCUGAUACCUAAAGAAAUAGACAUACAUGUCUGCGGUUCAUGGAACAAGUUAUUGAUGGGAACCAAGUUAAGUGUCUUGAAUGCAUGAAUGCUUCAUUUUUUUAACUGCAGUUGAACUAUGGUCCAAGUUGUAAAUGCAAAUGGAUCUUAGAUAGUGGAACUCACACACAUGACUCGUAAUUUUAAA